AUGAAGCUCACACCUUCCUUAAAGGACGCAACACUCAAAGAUUUGAAUGCAGUGCAGAAGCCAACCUACGACAAGGAUGCAUUGAAAGAACGAUACAAGAUCUUGGGUCGUGAUCCAGAACAAGCUAUACUAAACAGUAUAAGGAAGGCAUGUUAUGCGACCCUGAUCACUGACCAUUUCGGCAAAACCCUUCAAACGAUCAAAGCCAACUUCGUACAACGUGAUUACGAAGGCAUCUUCACCGCGGAUGCUGAGCAGUUGCAAGUGUACAGUGCUGCCUAUGUUCCUGGAAGAGCCCUAUGCUACUUUGACAUUUUCACCCAUCAUCAACCUUUGCUCAAGCUGCUGGCACGCCCUUCCUGCAUUUACGCCGUUGGCUCAGGCAGUGGUUCUGAAUUGGUUGCCUUGGCAGCGGCCAUGACACGGGUGCCAGCUGAACGACAAAAAGUGCGUCUUGUCAUGCAAGAUUUGGGUGAUUGGGGAGGUGUAUUGAAUCGAUUCGAAUCCACCACCGUCAGGGAACAUAUGAAAAUUACACCCGAACAACUCGAUUGCACUUACAUUCACAAUGAUAUCCUCGACCCCACAACGCACGAACAACGCGCUCAACGUAUAGCCAACGCCGAUUUGAUCACUUUUAUGUUUGUCAUGAAUGAACUCUUUGUUAAAAAAGCGGCUGCCAUGGAACUUGUUCAAUCACUGGUACAAAAUAUGAAAAAGGGUGCCUACUUGUUGGUGGUUGAAUCGGCUGGAUCCUUUUCACAUCUCAAGGUUGGUAACAAGACAUACAUGGUACACAUGUUAUUGGAUGCUAUCAAGGAUUUGAAACCCGUCAUUGCGGAGGAUUCUCGGUGGUAUAGACAUCCUGAUCAUUUACGAUACCCGAUCGAUGUACAAAACAUGCGUUACUUUAUUCGUCUUUACAAAAAGCUGUAA